AUGCUCUCCGCGCGGUCAUCCUCAACAUCAGGUCUCUCUCACCCUGAGAAAAUUACCCUCUAUGUCAUUGCAGCAGCAGCAGGCUUCUUAAUCAUACUUGGCCUGAUGAUCGGAAUCUCCCGCUCCCGUCACCAUAAAGCAUGCAAAAAUCAAGCACGUGGAGUGACGAAAGCCAUUCUGAAGAAAAUUCCUAUCAUCCAAUACAAUCAUCAAAUUACGAUUACGCCGAAAUCGAGCUUUGAUGGAUCUGUUUCUGAUUCUGCUCUUGACGAGAAAUUUGUGGAAAGUCGGGCAUCGAGCUGCCCUGUUUGCCGCGUUGAUCUCAAGCCCAAAACACAGCAAUUGGCUACGGCUACGGCUACUAAGAAGGGGGAAAUGACUCCAGAUCUGGAACAGGGCCAGACCCAGACACGGCAUAUCCGAAGUCUGCAUGAUCGGAUAGUGGAAGAUCUCUACGGUCUGCGCUAG